AUGGCGGCGGCGGAUAUUUCCUCAAAUAUGGUCUCUCUUAUGAGAGAUAGUGAGACAUUAGGCCUCUUGCCACCCGAAAUACUUGAAGUUGUACGAAAUCAUGCCGCCUCUGGAAUGCUCGAUGCCAUCGCCAAUGCCGCCCUUUCACCACGCCUCACUGAUAGGCUUUUCGUUCAUUUUCAGCACGUAUUCGCCGAUGCAUCAGAUUUCAAGCUUGAGGCUCUUAUCCAGGAACAUCUCGGUACGGCAGACCCCGUAUUAGGUGACUUUGAUGGCCUCGAGGUUGACUACGGUUUCUUGUCUCUACAUGAGCAUAGUCGUGUAAAUGCGGUGGAGAAGCUUCGCCAGGAUAUUGCUCGCUCAGGAACACACGAUGGCCCAAUCUUCGCGCCACAAGAACUCACUCCACAUGUCGUAUCAUAUGGUAGAGUCAUUCUCCCACGUCCGAGCGGCACUUUUGUGCAACAAUCAUCCCUCGUCGUCACGUCGACUGUGAGGGAUAAUCUCGAGCAUCUUGCUAGCCUUCUACGAAACCCUGGUUCCAUUCUUCUUCAUGGCUUGCCUGGAUCUGGCAAGACAUCCGUUAUCAAGGAACUCGCCAAGGACCUCGGCAUGAGUUCGGACAUGGUAACUCUUCACUUGAAUGAUCAAACCGAUGCCAAGAUGCUCAUCGGUCUCUACUCAACCGGGUCGAAACCUGGCAGCUUCCAGUGGCGGCCUGGAGUUCUAACAAAAGCUGUCAAGGAAGGAAGAUGGGUUUUAAUCGAGGAUCUCGACCGUGCUCCUGCUGAAGUCGUCAGCUCGCUGCUGCCGCUUGUUGAGCGAGGGGAGCUGCUCAUCCCUAGUAGAAGUGAGAGGAUUAAAGCUGCCAGUGGCUUCCGUCUCUUCGCCACUGUUAGGACGUCAAAAGGUAUGAACGGCCAAGAGACGCUUCCACAUCUCCUCGGUCUACGCUUCUGGCAGCAGCUCGCUAUCCGGCCGCUGCCGGAACGAGAGCUAGAAGAAAUUGUACGAGGCGCGUUUCCAAUGCUCGACAAGAUUGUUCCCCAGAUUCUCUCCGUCUUCCACCGCCUUACGCGAACUGCUUCGAUGCCAUCAAUCGUUGCCUCAAGUCGCGGAAUAGCGAGACAGAUGACACUCCGAGAACUCCUAAAAUGGUGCCGAAGAUUGCAGGAUCAGCUUCUCGCCUCGGGCUCGACUGUGACGAUCAGUGAAGAGACGAGAGAGCGAAUGUUCAUGGAAGCGGUGGAUUGUUUUGUUGGUCACUUGCCAGAGGGCAAGGGGAAGGAUGAACUGGUUUUCGCUAUCGGAGAAGAGAUGCACAUGGCUAAGGCUUGGGUUGAGCACCAGAUGACUGCAUAUGUGCCCGUCCUGAAGGAUAGCGAAUCCCAUCUUCGCGUUGGCCGAACCUCAAUCGAGAAGCACAAGAAUCCGACGAUCCAACGGUCAAAACGCCCAUUUGCCGAUACUACUCAAGCUAAGAGGCUUCUCGAACAACUCACUCGCUCGGUGCAGUUGAGAGAACCGGUUCUAUUAGUGGGCGAGACUGGUAUCGGAAAGACGACAGUCGUCCAACAACUAGCUGACAUUGUUGGCCGCAAAGUUGUUGCCGUCAAUUUGUCUCAGCAGAGUGAGGUUGGCGAUCUCAUUGGUGGGUUUAAGCCUGUCAAUGCUCUCAACCUUGCGAUCCCCUUAAAGGAUGAAUUCGAUGAACUUUUCAGAGCCACGGGCCUAGCCGCGAAGAAUCAGCCGUAUUUGAACCGGAUCGCCAAAUACAUCACGAAGCGACAAUGGUCAAAGGCCUCCAAGAUGUGGGUGGAGGGGGCGGAACUGUUCAAGAAGCUACUUCAGGUAGAGCAGAAGAGGACUCGGGAGAAUGGCGAGCCACCCGCAAAACGCCAAAAACAAGAAGCACCCUCAAGGCUUAGGCAUCUUGUCGAUAUCAAGUCCCGAUGGAACGAAUUUGAGAAGAGCCUUGAUCAGUUCAAUGCUCAAAUCUCGGGAAAUAGCAGCGCCUUCACAUUUUCGUUCGUGGAAGGCAAUAUUGUUAAGGCUGCAAGGAAUGGAGACUGGGUCCUUCUGGAUGAGAUAAACCUGGCUUCUUCUGAUACCUUGGAGAGCAUCGCUGAUCUCCUUACUGACCCCGGUGAGACCCCCUCGAUCUUACUGUCGGAGACAGGCGAGAUCGAGCGAAUCACGGCCCAUCCCAAUUUCCGCAUAUUUGGUGCGAUGAAUCCGGCAACCGACGUUGGAAAGCGAGACCUUCCAGUUGGCAUUAGGUCGAGGUUCACGGAAAUUUAUGUCAACAGCCCGGAUCGUGACUACAAGGAUCUUUUAAAAAUUGUGAAGGCUUACCUGCAUAUCAAGAGUGCCAAAGAUGAGCAGGCUGCAGAUGACAUUACAAGACUCUACUUGAAUACCAAGCAGCUAGCGGCCGAGAAGCGAUUGGUGGAUGGAGCGAACGAGGUACCACAUUUCAGCCUGCGAACUCUGACUCGCGUCUUGAGUUACGUGAGGGAAGUUGCUCCCUUUUAUGGCCUGAGAAGGGCAUUGUACGAAGGUUUCUCUAUGGGUUUUUUGACCCUUUUGAACCGGGAAUCGGAGGAGCUGCUGGUUCCGUUAAUAGCACACCACAUCUUCGGCAGUGGCAAUUCGCGAAGUUCAAUCUUGUCCCAGCGUCCGAAACUCCCGGACGAUGGGCGCCAAUACAUCCGGUUCAAAAGCAAGAGUCAGGACAGACAAUAUUGGCUCCUUCAGGGAGAACAAACGCCUGUUGAAAGCGAAGACUAUAUCAUCUCCCCUUCAGUCGAGCGAAACCUUCUUAAUCUCGUGCGUGCCACCUCGAACGCCAGGGACGGCGGUUUUCCGGUCCUCAUCCAGGGUCCUACUUCCGCUGGCAAGACGAGUAUGAUUGAGUACUUGGCAAACUACAGUGGGAAUAAAUUCGUACGGAUCAACAAUCAUGAACAUACAGAUCUUCAGGAGUACCUCGGGACCUACGUAUCUGGUACGGAUGGGCGUUUACGUUUUCAGGAUGGCUUGCUCGUGCAGGCGAUGCGCCGCGGUUACUGGAUUGUACUGGAUGAAUUGAACCUUGCCCCUACUGAUGUCCUCGAGGCGCUCAACCGUUUACUGGAUGAUAACCGAGAGUUACUUAUCCCUGAGACUCAAGAAGUCGUCAAACCGCAUGAGAACUUUCGCCUCUUUGCGACUCAAAACCCUCCAGGUCUCUAUGGUGGAAGGAAAGUGCUGUCAAGAGCCUUUCGUAACCGUUUUCUAGAACUGCAUUUUGAUGACAUCCCCGAGGAUGAGCUCGAAUACAUCCUCCAGAAACGGAGUCGGUACACUGCCCCAUCUGAUUGCAAGAGAAUCGUGACGGUUUAUAAGGAGCUGUCACACCUGCGUCAAACAACCCGCGUGUUCGAGCAGAAGGAUAGCUUUGCUACUUUGCGUGAUCUCUUCCGGUGGGCCCUUCGGAAUGCCGAGAACCGAGAAGAAAUCGCUGCCAACGGCUUUAUGUUGCUCGCUGAGCGUGUCCGAAAUGAGGAUGAGCGCAUUGCUGUGAAAGAAAUCAUCGAGAAGGUGUUUAGAGUCAAGAUAGACCUUGAUGAGCUCUACUCAAAAUCCUCACAGGCACUACGCCACCUUCAAGAGAACCGCCAAGGCGUCGUCUGGACUCAUGGAAUGAGACGUCUCUACAUGCUUGUCUCUCAAGCCAUCCGGAACCGUGAGCCGGUUCUGCUCGUCGGCGAGACUGGUUGUGGAAAAACGACGGUUUGCCAAGUCCUUGCGGAAGUCCUCGGUAAAGAGCUGCACAUUGUCAACGCACAUCAAAACACAGAGACUGGAGAUAUUAUUGGUUCGCAGAGGCCAAUUCGGAACCGAGCUUCAAUCCUCGAAGCUCUGCAUGUGGCUCUUCAGUCAGCCAUGGAGGCUUUAAAGCAAGACGCCGACGGAACUACAGAUGAAUUACUAGGAAGAAUUCGCCAGCUCCCUGCGGAGGCCCUUUCUGCCAUUCCCGAAGACCUCAGAACGCAGAUUGAGACACUCGAGAUACGAAGCAAGGCGCUAUUCGAAUGGUCCGAUGGAAGUUUAGUCCAUGCCAUGAAAACGGGACAGUUUUUCCUUCUUGACGAAAUUUCCUUGGCUGACGAUUCGGUUCUGGAAAGGUUGAACUCAGUCUUGGAGCCGCAGCGGACAAUUUUAUUGGCAGAAAAGGGUAUUGACGACUCCUUCAUGGCAGCGGCGGACGGCUUCCAAUUCUUCGCGACGAUGAAUCCUGGUGGCGAUUUUGGCAAGAAGGAGCUGUCUCCGGCACUAAGGAAUCGAUUCACUGAAAUCUGGGUUCCACCCCUUUCUGGGACGGAAGAUAUUCUCGAGAUCGUAACUCGGAAGCUCGUGAAGGAGGUCAAGAAUCUAGCAAACGUCAUCGUGGACUUUGCUACAUGGUUUGGAGAGACAUUCAGAUCUGCUUCCGCGACAGCAUUUUCUAUUCGAGAACUUCUGGUUUGGGUGCAGUUUGUUAAUCAAUGCCAUGGAGUUGAUCCGCUCUUUGCCAUCGUCAAUGGUGCUGCAACUGUGUUCAUUGAUAGCCUUGGCGCGAAUCCAUCGGGCCUCAUCGCUCUGGAUUCUCAAGGCGUUGCGAUUCAGAGACGUAAUUGCUUGAACAAACUCAGUGAGCUCCUCAGAGCCGAUAUUUCUUCCAUCUAUAAUUCGAAUCCCGAGUUGACGUCCGAUGAUGCCAAGAUCGCCAUCGGAGGGUUUGCCAUACCAAGAAUCUCGAACGAGGUCGACGAGAAGGAUUUCAAGUUCUUUACUCCCCCAACGACUAGGCUCAACACGUUAAGAGUUGUCCGCGCCCUUCAAAUGCAAAAGCCUAUUCUCCUUGAAGGCAGCCCUGGAGUAGGAAAGACUACACUGGUCGCAGCGUUGGCCCAGGUGUGUGGACAGCCCCUGACUAGAAUCAACCUUUCCGACCAAACCGACCUUAUGGACCUUUUUGGAACAGAUGUGCCUGUUGAUGGAGCUGAAGCGGGAAAUUUCGCCUGGCGUGAUGCUCCCUUCCUGCGGGCCAUGCAAAGAGGCGAGUGGGUCUUGCUGGAUGAAAUGAACUUGGCGUCCCAGUCUGUACUGGAAGGAUUAAACGCGUGUCUGGAUCACAGAGGAGAGGUGUACAUCUCUGAGCUGGAUCAAGUUUUCAAGCGUCACCCCGACUUUCGCCUCUUCGCUGCUCAGAACCCUCAUCACCAAGGAGGUGGCCGGAAGGGUCUUCCAAGCUCAUUCGUCAACAGAUUUGUCGUCGUCUAUGCUGAUGUAUUCUCUGGCGAGGAUCUCCGCCUCAUUGCGUCCAACCACUCACCCGACGUCGCACCAGAGACGAUCGAGAAGCUGAUUCGGUUCAUCACGGAGUUAGAACGCAAGAUAGCCCAAGACCGUUCAUUUGGCUCUUUGGGAGCCCCUUGGGAGUUUAAUCUUCGUGAUUUGCUGCGCUGGCUUCAUCUCCUACAUAGUUCAGACCCCCUUCUCGGCACUGCAAAGGUUGACGAUCUCCUUGAUAUCGUUGUUCGGCAAAGAUUCAGGACAGAGCGAGAUAGACAAGAAGUUACGAAAUUAUUCGCGGACAUCUUCGGCGAGUCCCCAAGGACCCACAGUCUCUACCAUGAUAUCAACUCCUCAUUCUGCCAAGUCGGGUUGGCACUCAUGCAACGCAGUCAUCUGGCCCAACCGGUUGGUCUGCAGAAUAUCGAUCUGAAGACUCGUCUUUCUAACAUUGAGACCCUCAUACUCUGUGUAACGCAGAAUAUCCCUUGUAUCCUUAGUGGUCCAUCGGGCUCGGGGAAGUCGGUACUUGUUCAACACUUAGCGGCCCUCGCAGGCAAGUCGCUCGUAACUUUCCCCCUGAACGCGGAUGUGGACACCAUGGAUCUUGUCGGUGGGUUUGAGCAAUCCGACCCGCUGCGAGAGGUAAACUCCGUGCUUCAGGAAUUGCAGGAAACAUUGCAAGCCUCUGUCCUCUCCGUGGUUCCUGGGAAGGCGCCUGCAGAUGCCCUCCAAUUGCUCCAUCUUUUGGCAACAACUGCGGAAGUACCCGAGCCCACCAUCUUGCUUCCUCUAGCCGAGAGUCUCUUAUCAUUGGUCUCUCCGUCAUCGGAGGUUGGGGCUGUCCUUACAAGAGCAGUUGAGACCCUCCAGAAGCCGUUGACAGUGACAAACCCUCGCUUCGAGUGGUUAGAUGGUGUUAUCAUCAAAGCUCUACAGACAGGGCAGUGGCUCGUUUUAGACAAUGCCAACCUUUGUAGCGCCUCAGUGCUCGACCGACUGAAUUCUCUUCUCGAACCCAAUGGCUUCCUUAGUAUUAAUGAGCACUGCGAUCCUGACGGAGAACCAAGAGUCGUCAAGCCGCACCCUGACUUCCGGAUCUUCUUGACAACUGAUCCAAGAUACGGAGAGUUAUCGAGGGCCAUGAGAAACAGAGCUAUUGAGAUUCAUCUUUUUGAACCUAUGGCCGAACAGACCCGGCAUCUGAGAUGGGUGACUGCCAUCGAGAGCACCCUUCAGCGGUACCAUCUCUCGCUGUCGAUGUCCCGUGAUGAUGGCGAGGAUUCGGCUAAGGCUAUAACGGCUCUUGCCUUUGAGCGCCUUACAAAAGCAGACGUCCACCUUCUACCUCGAUUUGUCAAAGAUGGGAACUCGCAGGCUUAUUAUAAGUGUCCUGAAGUUGCUAAGCAAUCUCAGCAACUCGUAGAGUUCCUGCGAGCAGACAGCAUCCGCGACCUUAGCGCCUCCAUCUCCAAUAUGUAUUCUUCCCUCCCUGCCAUCAACUCUGGAAAUAUCGGGGACGCUCAGCCAAUUUUCCCCAUCAAGAAUCUUCCGAUAGCCCUUCUUCUUUCCAAGACCGUGGGUCCACAGCCAUUUAGGCUCGCAAUAUGCUACGAGUACCACCAAGACCUUCAAUCUCUGGACACCGAGAUCCGAUCUCAAGCCAUGGCAGCAAGAAGUUCCAAGAUCGCUUCUCUGAACCGCCUGCAACGCUCCUUUGUCGCGGAGCGGGUGACCGCAGUCUCCAAGGAUUCGACUGUCGACGUUGCUGAGUUCUUCUCGGCUGCUCUCUCGUUGAUCGAUGGCUUCCUCCGAGCUCGAGAUGCCGAGAGCGAUUGGCGAUCUCAAGCCUAUAACCCGGCGGUGCGAGAAUUCGUUACCGACUUGCUCAAGAAGAUCGACCGACACUUUUCCUUGGGCUUCAGUUUGAAAACAGGCCUUGGCAUGGAGGAUAUCUGGAGGACGUUCCGACCAGAUCUCGUUCCAGAUUCUGCCAUUCUUAAACGGUCCGCCGAUAUUAUUACCCUUGCCAAGCGCUUUGAUUCGUUGAAGUGGAAGAUCGGUUCCCCGAUAGCCGAUCUGGCUAAGGCAAUGUCAACAUUCUCGAUGGCCUAUGGUAUCGUCCGAUCGGGCAGGGCUGGUGCAGAAGCUCUAAUCAUGGAGCUGGCUACUGAGAUUCAGUCUCUGGAAACCAGGAUCGGAUUAGAAUCUGCAGAUGUUGUCCCAUUCUUCACGGGGAACUUCGAGACACUGCGGCAAAUCUCUGUACUUCGGGAUUUUAAGCUUGGAAACAGCAUUAAGGGUGACAAUAUUACUGUCCUCUCCAACGUACCGACACUUGCCCAGUUAUAUCUGGAGGACACUCAUGGCUCGGCCCAACUUCUACAGGCAAUUGACUACUUAGCGUGUCAGGACUAUGAGAACCUCGCGUGGAGGGGCAGACUCCUCCCGUCAGUCCUUGCCAAGGCAGGCGGGAUAGGUGCCACGACAUUGAACUCCCUAGCACUACUUGAGAUGGAACUACCUCAACUUACCACAUUCCUAUCCCAGGCGUCCCGGGCUAUCACAUCUAGUACCUUUGUAGAUCUCAACGCUAUUCUACACAAACUGGUCAUAAGCUUCGUUGAGGCUCUUGAACCGGGCCUCAGUGACAAGCUGUUGGACACCGAAACUAGGUUGCACCAAGUUUUGGCAACUAAACCUUUGAAAUUUGAGGAUCGUCAAACCUGGUUCCCCGAGGAUUUGAUCGAGCCUUUCCUUGGCGUCGCACCGCAUAUCCUUGAAGUUUUCAAAGACAAUCUCCUCCUGUCAUGGUGUUCAUUAAUAGCGACCUCUCUAGGUGGUACGGACGCUUAUCGAUUUGCCGCCUUGGCCUGGGUUCAGUUUGCUGUUGGAGCGCUUCGACUUUAUGUUCCCAACAGAGUCUUUGAUCCACAUCUCAGACUGACGCUAGAGAUCGAGUCCUACAAAGAACUGAAGGAGAACUUGUUGUCCAAACUCUCUUCGCUGGUUACGUUCGAGUCUCAGUUUACUGGCCAACUUUCUAAUCUACGAAUCGAAUUGCUUGAGCGAGAAAUUGAUAAUCUGGGGCCUCUGCCGGCGGAUAAUGACAAGGUUUACCGACCAGAGCGGUCAGAGCUCAGCCAAAUUCAUGCCGAGUUUAAUAAUGUCUUGAAGGCCACAGUCUACUCCGAAGUAGCCACCUCAAGCCUCCAUGACCUUCCCGAAGAAGGACUACACCUGGUCACGGAGAACGUUAGUCGAGUUAUUUCCAGACUCUCGGGAUACUUCGAAGCCUACCAAGACAUGAUUCGGCCGGUCGUGAACUUCCUGCGCAUUAUGCAAGUUGGUCUGUCGCUUAAUACUGAGCCGGCACGUCUAAGCGAAUCCACUUCCGAACUCAUCUCAGCUACGCCAUUCCUUGGUGGCAAUUUCAUUGCGAGGGCACCGAGUCUUCAAAAUAAGACGUUCGAGUUUAUUGACCUUAUGACCAUAUCCUCUGCAGUGGAUGGAGUGGAUAAUUUCAGCGCCGAGGACCGAGAGGCCGUUUCUGCUUGUUUCCAUGCAUUCUACAAUGAAUGGACUCGGAAGCUCGAAGCGGACAGAAAGGAAGAAGAGGCAAAGCAGAGCCUUUACCGUUUUAAGGGUAGCUUUGAAGACGAAGAGGAAGUCAACGAAGAGGAGUUCAACGAACUAUUCCCUACAUUUGACGGAGAGGAGGAUGAGCAGACGGCCAAACCUUCCCUCAAGAAAUACAAAGUGAGGGACAUGUCCAUCAAAGUGGCCGAGGCUCACAGAAAUCUACUCCUCUCUACUCCAGAAGCUCCCUCUGCUAUUCGAACUGCACUACUCUCUAUUGGGCGUAAGAUGGCCUCAGAUCUGUCGGAAAAGUCAACUGUGGAUCAGGAUCUGAGCAACAAACUUCUUCCCGGCACCCUCUUGACCCUUAGCGACCAAUUGUCUUCGUUGAACAUGGAUGGAACGCCAAGCAACUACAGCUUUUAUACUGACGCAAAUCUCCAUGAAGCGCGCCAGCUGGUUCAUCUGGUCAACAGGAUCAAAACUAGAUUCCGCGAACUGCAACUCACCGAUGAGAUUGGCCACCUUCAGCCACUCGCCGAUGUGCAAGCCUCUUGCGAAAAGGUCUUACAGCUUGUACAUAUAGAACCACUUGCCAAGAUGCUGCCGAAGGUGGAGCACUUGCACGCCAUGGUGUACGAGUGGCAAUUUGGAGGAUGGGCGAGCCGUGUCCAUUCCGUUCCCGAGCUGUACAGCCGCUUGACCGAGUCGAUAGUUCGUUGGCGCCGAUUGGAACUUUCCACCUGGUCAAAGAUAUUCGAUAUGGAAGUCCGCCGGUGCCAUGAUGAUGCGAACUCUUGGUGGUUUGUCGCGUAUCAUGCGACGAUUGCGAUUCCCAUGGCGCUCCAAGAAAAGGGUAACCUGAAAGAAUACGCUGAAAAGCUCGUUACGGAUCUAGAGGUCUACUUCACAUCAGCUAUUCUCGGACAAUUCUCUACUCGACUGAGCUUAUUGAGACAAUUCCAUAAGCACCUACAGCUUCUAGUUCUGGAUUAUCCCGCGCUUUCAAUUGUGCACACGACCGUCGGCAGCUUCAUUUCUAUGUAUCAGCGGUACCAGAAGGUUGUCGACGAGGAAAUUACGCGGGGCCGGUUGCCAAUCGAGAAAAAGAUGAAGGAUGUGCUUCUCCUCGCCAGUUGGAAGGACACAAAUAUCAACUCCUUACGGGACAGCGCUAAGAAAUCCCACCUCAAGCUCUUCAGACUUGUUCGAAAAUUCCGUGAAGUUCUUGGUCAGCCGCUCAGGCUGGUUAUUGAAAAGGGUGUUCCGGAUGAAGAGUAUCCUCUGACUGCGCUCGCCGAGGACAUGUCUUUGGCGAAGGUUGACAAGGACAGUACCGAACUAGCAAGCCGCGAAAUGCUCAAUUGGCUGGGGCAAUUCAAGCCUCUCGUCAACGUCGGCCAAACGGUAUCACGAAUGACGCAGGUUGGGCGGGUACCCGAGUUUGUCGGGCAGGCUGUGGAAGAAGUAGACGCCUUCAUAUCGAGCCUGUCAACCUCAAUGCAAGAAUUGAGGAAGGAGACGCCAAGUGUGUUGACCGACGAGAACAAAGACCUAGUGAAGCACCUCAAGGCUCGCAAGCGCAAGCUCUUUGCUGACGUUCUUCGCGAGGCUCGGACAAUGGGCUUCGAAUACAAUCUUGACACUAAACGUCUCGCACAGCAAGAGUCGCUGUCGGCAAUUCUGGCAACUUGUGGUUCAUUGGCCUUUUUUAGCCCCGCUGCGGUAGAAGGCACCGAAUAUUUCUUCCAUAAAUUCAUCGAUAUGAUGCCGAAAAUCAGAGCUACAGCAACGGACCACUCUGAAGAGAUCACUGGCCGAGAGGUGGCGCGCAGUAUCGGGUACUUGGAAGGGAUGCUCAGUGCAAUACUCAAUCAGAGGCGCAGCCUCUCCAAGGGGAAAUCCCUUCUCGAUAUUGAGGCAGCGGUCAAGGAGCUAAGGGAUCUUAGCACAGGUGGCACGAACGACAAAAUCACCAACUCAAGAAAGAAUUCUAACCUAUCACGGACUUUGAAGUGGUUGGUUGAGGUUCUGCGAUAUGCUAUUCAGCUAAUUGAUACCCAUGCCAAGCUCGGACAAGUGGAUAACUCGGUAUGCCAAGGGAUACUUCAGUCAUGGCUCACCGAGCUUGGAGACUUGUCUUUGAAGGAGCAAGAAUCUAGGAAGCUUCCUGCAGGCCUUACCUCGUCCGAUCGUGAGGCACUGGAGACUUUGAUUUCUGAGAGGCUGCAAGUUUUCGAGCACGAGGUCAACGCUAUGCUCCUACAGUUCGACAAUGUUGCUUUUGUACUCCGAGAGCUUCUAAAUUGGACUUCAGUUUCUGCCAAGGAUACCGAAAAGCUAGAACCCCAGAGUCUGCUAGAUUUUGCCGGCGAAGUCGUCACGCUUUCAAAGAAGAUCCUCGAGACCGUCGCCCAGUUUCAAAAAGCGGCCGAUGACCGGGACACCAAAUCUCAUGUUGGCAGCAGCAAGAACCUUGAUACCAUGAUCCAGAAGCUUCGGGUUGAAUCGGUGGCCCGAAAUCUCAAGCAAUGUGUUAACUCUCUAGGAAGCGUUGACUUAUCCAUUAUCGAGAACGACCGGUCAAUCACGGCGCUUAUGGCCAUGUUUGUUCCGAUCGUGGACCAGUAUGCGAUAAUCUGCCGCAACAGUUAUACUCGGCUUCUCGAACUUCACCGCUCUACGGUCCGGCUAGCACACUGCCUUGGCAAGGCCUACACUCACCUUGCCUCCCAAGGCUUCUGUACUCCUCAAGAGAAGUCUGACGAUACUUCGGGAGGUGAGGGUAAACUAGAGUCGGGAACUGGGCUGGGAGAUGGUGAAGGUGCCGAGGAUAUAAGCAAGGAUAUCCAACCUGACGAGGAUCUCUCUGAACUGGCGCAGGAGCCGAAUAAAGAGAAAGAUGGAGAUAUUGAGGAUGAAAAGGACGCCGUCGAUAUGGCAGAUGAGGACAUGGAAGGUGAGAUGGGCAGUGUUGCGGGGGAUUAUGAGGAAGGUGACAAGGAGGGUGAUGAAGGUGAAAGCGAGAAUGAAAUGGACGAGGAAGCUGGUGAUGUUGAUGACCUGGAUGCGACCGCUGUCGAUGAGAAGAUGUGGGAGGGAGAUGGCGAAGAGGCUGAAAAGGAUCAGCAGGGUGAGAAGCCGAAGGGCCAGAAACAAGACGAUGAACAGAUGGCAGCGGAAGCUCAGGAUCAGGACAUGUCGGACAAAGAAGACGCUGACAAUGAUGAAAUGGAAGCCGCGGAAGAAGAACCUCAAGCCGAGUCUGAGGACGUCAAAGCACAACAAGAUGUGGAGCGACAGGAUCAAAACGUGGAUGAGAGCGAGGCCCUGGCGCUCCCAGAAGACAUGGACCUUGACUUCGGCGAGGAUCAGGAGUCAGGUACGGAAGAUGACGGGCUGGAUGAUCUUGAUAGUCUUGGCGACAAGGACGAGAGAGGUGAGGAGAAGGAGGAUGAGGCCAAUAUGCAGGGAGAAGAUGAUGAGCCCGCCGACGAGACGAAGCCUAGCGAUGUAGAUGGUGAACAGGCCGAAGAGGCGGAACAGGAUGACGAAGACGUAGUUGGCGAUGACGCCGAAGUUCCCAACGAUCAAGGGAUUGAUGAACAGGGAGAUGAGGAGCAGGAGGAGGACCAAGCCGAGCAAGACAACAACCUUAUGGAGCAGCCAUCCGCGGAUCCCGUGGACACGGAUCCACAGGACGUGGCACCGAGUGACGUUAAAUCAGGCGGCCAAGACCAGAACAAAGACACGAUGGAUGUCGACGAGGACUUCCAUAACAAUUCAACUCGUCAAGACGAGGGUGCGUCUGGUGAUGGAUCGGAUAGCCAACAAGCUCAACCCGGGGGCCAGGGGAAGUUGUCCCAGCCGGAAGAGGCCGCGCAGCAACAGAAUCAAGAGGAAAAGAAAGAAGAUGAAGCUGAGGCGAGCCGUCCAGAACCAUUCCGAAAGCUCGGAGAUGCCGUGGAGAAGUGGCACCGGCAGCAAAACGAAAUCAAGGAUUCUCGGCCAGAGGACGACAAGAACGAGCAGGCCAAUCCUCAGGCUGAAGAGUCCGAGAUGCAGCAACGCGAAUUCCAGCACCUGCAGGACGAGAACGCUGUACCGGACACGCAGGCAAUCGGCGCUGCUGCCGAGGAUGAGGUCCAGCCAAUUGAUGACUCGAUGGCGAUUGAUGAGGAGAAGCAAGAUCCAUCAAGCAAUGUCUUACCUGAUACGGAAGAGAAAGAGGUCGAACAAGACCUUGAAAAAAUGGAUACUGCCGAGCCAGAAGACAUGGAAGAUGCGGAAGCCAAUGACGGGGACGAUGGCCGCUCCGGUGUCAAGACUCGACAGGGUGCCUACAACAGGGAGAGAUCACCGUCUCCGGCUCUCGUCGAGGAAGACGAAACGGACGAGAACGAAGAGGAUGACGAAGUUUUGGAGACUGCCAGUGUUCUAUCCGCCACGCACCUAACGGACGAAGCGCGUCCUCUGCGCGAAUUCACCGAGUCAAUGCAACAAUGGUCAGAGUUCCAAAACAAAACACAGUCGCUCUCCCAAUCUCUCACCUCUCAUCUCCGCCUCAUCCUCACACCCUCCCAAUCGACAAAGCUCUCCGGCUCCUUCCGCACCGGCAAGCGCCUCAACAUCAAGCGCAUCAUCCCAUAUAUCGCAUCUAGCUACAAGCGCGACAAGAUCUGGAUGCGCCGCAGCGUCCCCACCAAACGCGCCUACCAGAUCCUCCUCUGCGUCGACGACAGCAAGAGCAUGGGCGAGUCCAACUCGGGCAACCUAGCCCUCGAAUCCCUCGUCAUGGUCUCUCGCUCCCUCACCAUGCUCGAGGCCGGCCAGAUCGGCGUCGUCGGCUUCGGCGCGGAUGUAUUCACCGCCCACGACCUCGCCGCCCCCUUCUCCUCCCACGACGCCGGCGCCCGCGUCCUCCAGCGCUUCUCCUUCUCGCAGGACCGCACCGACAUCUGUCUUCUCAUCCGUUCCACAAUCGACCGCUUCCGCGCCGCUCGCCUUCAAGCUGAUCGCGGCGGUGAAGACCUCUGGCAGCUCGCCCUCAUCCUCUCUGAUGGCCUCACGCAAUCCGCCACCCAUGAUUCCAUCCGCAGGCUGCUCCGCGAGGCCGCGGAGGAACGAAUCAUGAUCGUCUUCAUCGUCAUGGACGACGCGACGAAGCGCAAGGGAGACAGCGUCCUCCAGCUCAAGGAGGCGCGCUUCGUCAAAGAUGUCGACGGCACGUCCCGAGUGGUCAUCGAGAGGUACCUUGAUACCUUUCCGUUCCAGUACUAUCUUAUCGUGCACCAUUUGGAGGAUCUGCCGAAUGCUUUGUCGGGGCUCUUGAGGACUUGGUUUGCUGAGGUUAAUGCUUAA